CUCACCUUCCGCUGUCAGUAUAAGAGCCACUGCUCGUGUACCGCUUGUUCUCCACUUCUAGCUUGUGUAGUUCAGCGCCGAACUUUGCACCCUGUAUAAGCCCAGCAAUGGCACUUAGCUGCGACCCAGUGUACCAGAAGCUGAGUCAGUGGUACGAAGCCCACCAUGGCAGCCUUAACAUGAGGCAGAUGUUUGAAGCUGACAAGGACAGGUUCAGCAAAUUCAGUAAAAAACUUGCGACUGAUGAUGGCGAUAUUCUGCUUGACUACUCAAAGAACCUUGUUAAUGAAGAAGUCCUGAAGCUUCUGAUAGAACUGGCCCACUCAAGAGGUGUUGAGAGUGCGAGACAGAAGAUGUUCUCGGCUGAGAAGAUUAACUUCACUGAGAACCGGGCUGUUCUUCACAUUGCUCUUCGCAACCGUUCGAAUACACCAAUCACGCUGGAAGGUAAAGAUGUCAUGCCUGAAGUCAAUGCAGUCUUGGAGAAGAUGAAGGCUUUCUGCCAGAAAGUCCGCAGCGGAGAUUGGAAGGGUUACACUGGAAAGGCCAUUACUGAUGUGAUUAACAUUGGCAUUGGUGGAUCUGACCUGGGACCUUUGAUGGUAACUGAAUCACUGAAGCCCUAUUCUAAGGGAGGACCUCGUGUGUGGUUUGUAUCGAACAUUGAUGGCACUCACAUUGCUAAAACUCUGGCUGAACUGAACCCAGAAACUUCACUCUUCAUAAUUGCAUCAAAGACAUUUACCACCCAGGAGACCAUAACUAAUGCUGAAACUGCUAAGGAGUGGUUCCUGACUUCUGCCAAAGAUGCAUCUGCAGUGGCCAAACAUUUUGUUGCCCUGUCCACCAAUGCACCAAAAGUAAAAGAUUUUGGAAUAGACACCGCAAAUAUGUUUGAAUUCUGGGAUUGGGUCGGUGGCCGUUACUCUCUGUGGUCAGCCAUUGGGUUAUCCAUUGCACUUCAUGUCGGGUUUGAUAACUUUGAAAAGCUUUUGGCAGGAGCCCACUGGAUGGACAAUCACUUUAACAAAACUCCACUAGAGAAUAAUGUCCCUGUGCUACUGGCCAUGCUGGGCAUUUGGUACACCAACUUUUAUGGCUGUGAGACUCAUGCUCUUCUUCCUUAUGAUCAGUACAUGCAUCGAUUUGCUGCCUAUUUUCAGCAGGGUGACAUGGAAUCAAAUGGGAAGUAUAUCACUAAAACAGGAGCUCGUGUCAACUAUAGCACUGGCCCUGUGGUGUGGGGUGAGCCAGGAACCAAUGGGCAGCAUGCAUUCUAUCAGCUCAUACAUCAAGGAACUCGCAAAAUUCCUUGUGACUUCUUGAUUCCAGCGCAGACCCAGCAUCCAAUUAGAAAUGGCUUGCACCACAAGAUCCUUCUGUCCAACUUCCUUGCUCAGACAGAAGCCCUCAUGAAGGGAAAGUCCACAGAAGAAGCCAAAAAGGAGUUACAGGCUUCUGGGCUCACUGGUGAUGCUCUGGAAAAAUUGCUCCCUCACAAGGUUUUUGAAGGAAACAGACCAACAAAUUCCAUUGUAUUUACAAAACUUAAUCCAUUCAUUUUGGGUGCUUUAAUUGCUAUGUAUGAACAUAAAAUCUUUGUUCAGGGAGUUGUGUGGGACAUAAACAGUUAUGACCAAUGGGGAGUUGAGCUUGGGAAGCAACUGGCAAAGAAAAUUGAGCCUGAACUGGAAUCUGAUGCUACUAUAACAUCCCAUGAUAGCUCCACCAAUGGACUCAUCGACUUCAUCAAGAAACACAGAGGCUAAACAUGGUCACUGAUCAGUUCUGCUGCAAACCUGUUACCUUGUCCUGUUAUUGGCUUUCUGCAAAAAAAAAAGCACUUUCCUAAUGUAGUUUGUUCUCUAUAGUUGUAAUUGCGGUGUGUCUUGUAGUUUGAAUAAGUCUGAGGAUGAAGCAAGAAGAGCUACUGUUGAAAGACAAUCUGUGUCAGUACUAUUCUAGAUGUCGGGGCAAGCAAGUCCUGUUAGGCAUGCAUCCUAACAAAAAUGUCCUGUUUUAAGUCACCUUAACACGCAUAUGAUUUUUUUUUCUUUUGCAUUCAUUGUUUAUUGUGAAAUGUCUGUUUACGUAAUUAAAAAAAAACAUGCAAUUGUU